AUGCAUAAUAAUAAUAAAGAAACUAUUUAUGAAGAUGCUGAUAAUAAUUUGCAAAAACCAAAUAUUUAUAAUCAAUAUUCACCAUAUUAUGAAUCAAUAAAACGGCAACGUUUUAAAUUAUUUAAAGAAAUCUGUGAAAAUCUUUCACGUCUUAUUCAAUUAGAAGAAUUACAACCUGGUUUUCCACUUUGGUCAUCAAAAUUACAACAAUUCAUUUCAUAUUAUGGUUUUUCUUUUACUAAAAUUGAUCAUUUAAAAUUAAUCAAUUUCUAUUUAUCAAUUCUUUCAAUUAAAAAUUUAAAUUAUGUCAAUGCAAAAAUAUGUUUUAAUAUGUUAAGUCAACUUACACGUAAAAUACGUUUGAUAACAAGAAAUGAUCUUAUUAUUGAUUGGAAAAUAUUUUAUACAUGGGCAAAACUUAUUCUUUUCAAUCAUGAUGAACCUUAUUCACUUGUUUCUAUGCCCAAAGAUAUUAUAAAUUCAUUCUUAUUUUGUGUACGUAAUUGUCGUCCUUAUUUUUCAGCAACAGCUACUCAAGAAAUUCUUGAUGAAUUUCGACCAUAUUUGUGCCCAUUCGAUACAGUCUGUGGAGAUGUUAUGGGUUAUUGGAAUAUGUUUUUACCUGUUCAUUUACCACCGGAAUUACAUGAUCAAGGAUUUAAAUUAUGGUUAUCGGAAUUUUUGGAUAUUUGGGAAACUGUUUGUAAUAAUCCAGCAUGGGAACAGAGUUUAAUUAGUUUAUUUUCAUGUGUUGCUUGGCAUAAUAUUGGAUAUAUUGAUUGGGAACCAUGGCUUUCACCUAUUUUUACAAGAAUCUUAAAAAAUCUUUCACUACCAGUUGGUAAUGUGAAAUCAACGAAAGAAACACAAAAUUAUUCUGUACCAGUUGUUGCUACAUGGAUUGUUGCUAUGAUGGGAAAUCAGAAUUCAUGUAUUCAAUAUUUAAGAGAUUUAUUAAAUGCAAUAAAAAAUUUUUAUCAUCCAUCAAAUACAGGAGAUUUUCAAACAGAACUUAUUAGUUUUUUGUCAAUGCUUACACAAGCAUUUGUUGAUCGAGUUUAUUUUGAACGUACAAGUAAUCCAGUUUGGUAUUUUAAUCCACCGAAAUCACAUCGACUUAGUGAUGAAGAUAUUGAUGAAUUUGUUAAUUGCCUUAAAGAAUAUGCAUUUAUAUCUAUAUUCAAUAAAAAUCAUCUUGAUUUAGCAGCUGAAACAUGUCAGUAUCUUUCUCAACUUCGACCACAACUCAUUGUUCCACCAUUAGUUGAACUACUUUUCUCUUCAAUCGAUAACAUGACUGAACCGUAUCGAUUUACAUCACUGAUAACUUGUCUAACUGGUUUGACACGUCAAAUAGUUCGACAAACAUCUGAAUUUUCUCAAGGUCAAACAUUUGUUUUACCAUUAUUACUAUCAGUUUUGCCUGGUAUCGAUGCAAAUGAUUUAAAAAAAACUGCAGUUACAUUUCAAUUUCUUAGUGCUAUUUUAAUGGUAAUUACAUGUGUCGAUUGUUCAUCUGCAGUUAAUACAAGAAAUGAUCUUAGCGAAAUUGAAAAGAAAGUUUGUUUAUCAACAAAUAAAUUUGAAGAUUUUAUAAGUGAACUUUUCAAUCGAAUAUUUCAAAUGAUUGAUGCAUUAUCAACUGAAAUGCCUGAUACUUUAAUAGUAACAAUGGAUUUAAAAAUGGAAGAUUAUCAAAUUGGAUUAGAAUUAACAUCAGUUAUUUCAUGUAUUGUUCGACAAUGUAGUAAAAAAAUUUUUUGCAUGGUUCGAGAAAAAAUAACAAAUUUUCUUGCAACAUAUUCUUAUUCUCCUAAAAUAAGUCAACUUCUUACAGGUCUUAUUCAAGCUAUAUUAAAAGGUAAUCCAGUUGAAACAUUAAAAUAUCUUUUACCACAAACAUAUGAACAUAUUGAAAAAAUUCUUAAUCAAUCAGAUAUAUUAAUUUUAAAUGAUGAUAAAGGUGAUCCUGAAUUACUAUGGUAUUUGAAACUUUUCUCUGAACUUGUUUGUGCUCCUGGUGAUACUUUAAUUAUAUAUAAACCAAUGAUUUUAUCAAUUUUUCAUCAAUGUAUUCAUAUUAUUCAUAAAG